AUGAUCGUAGACGCGAUUAUUUCGAUUCUGUUUGGAUUGAGGUAUCUAUUUGCAUACAAUGAUUUAUCCUACAAUAAAAUCGCAACCCAGUCACCAAUUUACCGAAGAAUUUCUGAAUAUGAAGCAAACAAUGCAUUGGAUAGGAAUAUAACAACUUGUAUGAGAACGCAAGCUAUAGGACUUAGCUCUACCGACAACAGCAUGUGGUGGAAAGUUGAUCUUGGCGGAUUGUACAAUGUUUACAGAAUAACAAUAAUGUUUAAAAGCUACGAGGAACAACCAGAGUUACGUCAAAGAGGAAGAUUUGCCGGAUUUUCUCUUUAUAUAUCAACCUCCAAUGAAAGAAUGAACUCAACUCUAUGUUAUAAGGAUGGACCUCAGUUACCUCCACUUAGCUUUACCACGUUAUGUAUAGGAUAUGGACGUUACGUCAUUUUUUACAACGAAAGAAUGCCUGGAGUCAGCUAUCCUUCCGAUUAUCAACUUCGAAAUUUGUACACUGAAUUGUGUGAAGUAAUUGUGCAAGGUUGUUACAAACACAACGUUUAUGGAGCAGACUGUAAUGUACCAUGCCCUCGCAAGAACAACACAUGUCACAUACAUAAUGGAACCUGCCUGGAAUGCAAUCCUGGAUGGACUGGACCAUUUUGCUCAAAUAAAUGUGUUGAUGGGAGGUACGGACAAAACUGCCUGAAUACAUGUACUAGCCACUGUAAAUAUAAUAAUGUGUGUAAUCACUUUACUGGUCAGUGUGAAGGAGGAUGCGACGUUGGAUGGACAGGGUCUUUCUGCGAAAAAGCUUGUGUGCAGUCGUUUGGUGAAAACUGCCAGCAUCCCUGUAGACAACACUGCUAUAACAAGGAAUGUGACAGGUUUAACGGAACUUGUCUUACUGGCUGUACACAUGGAUUCCAUGGACAAAAAUGUAACAAAGUGUUCUCUCAUCGGGCAAUUAAUGAAUCGCUUACAGUCAUCCCCACCCUUAUCAACAUUGAUCACAAGAGUACUUAUAAUGAAUUUGAUCAGUACAUGCCGCGAAUGCUGCAGGUUACUAUUUAA